GGCAGGGAUCGGGUAGCAUUAGCAGCAUUAGCUUAGCUUGUGUGUGGAGUCAUUGUAGAGAGGCUGAUAAUCUGGGAGUGUUUGCCGUGAGAAUGUCUUCAGUCCAACUUCAAGGAGAGUUUAUCACCGAGCAGUUAACUCCUGCUGAAGAAACAUUCACGGAGUUUAAAGGGAGUUUGGUCAAUUCGGAGGAAAAGAUGGACGAUCAACAUCUACUGCUGGAUUUCACCAGGAUCCCCCAGAUCAUCUUACACCGGAUAGACCGCCUGCAGGAUUAUGGUGGAAAAGAGGAGGAUUUCUCUGACCAGCAGCUCUGUGGACAGGAGAGGAAUUCCAGUUUGGAUCAAGAGGAACCAGAACCUCUGCAGAUAAAAGAAGAGCAGCAAGAACCAGAACUUUCCUGUACAAAAGAGGAAACCAUGGAGGUCCCUAUUAGUGAGCAUGAAGAGCAGCGUGUUCUGAAGCAGGAGGCUGAAGAUACAGGAGACAAUGCCUUCCCAGACCGCCUGCAGGAUUAUGUUGGAAAAGAGGAGGAUUUCUCUGACCAGCAGCUCUGUGAACAGGAGGGAAAUUCCAGUUUGGACCAAGAGGAACUAGAACCUCUGCAGAUCAAAGAAGAGCAGCAAAAGCCAGAACAUCCCUGGACAAAAGAGGAAACCAUGGAGCUCCCCAUUAGUGAGCAUGAAGAGCAGCUUGUUCUCAUGGAGGACACUCCAGAUACAGGGGAGAAACCUUUCCGAU